UGGGAAACCGAGUCUGUCUGUGGGUAUAUAACGUCGAGGAUAGGAUCCUACUAUUUUGUCAUCCGGUUCGAGCCUUGCCGUCCGCACGCCGUUUCUGCCCUUACAACGAACAUUCCACCACCAUGCCCAACUGUCCGAAAUGCAGCAAACCUGUUUACUUCGCCGAGAGGAAGACUUCUUUGGGCAAAGACUGGCAUGGGCUCUGCCUGAAAUGUGAAAAAUGCAACAAGACUCUGGUUCCUGGUCAGCACGCUGAACACGAAGGCAAGCCGUACUGCAACAACCCGUGCUAUUCAGCUCUAUUCGGGCCAGGAGGUUUUGGACGCGGCGGUGCUGAGUCUUACGUCUACAAAAAGUGAAGGGCCUCCACCAUUUUUUUGUUGUUGUUUGACGGGACAGGAAGAAAAAUUUGGCCGGUUGACGACAUCUGUCGAGCAGCACGGUGCAGCUCUUCCUCCGAAAAUAACCGACCCAUGGAACUUUUUUAUUAUUAUUCAUAGCCAAGCUUCAUCUGUUCCUUCCAGUCUCUUUUGGUAAAUGCCUUCUUUACCUAUUCCUUGUUUCUGUAGCAACCGGCCAUGGUGUGAGCGCCAGAAAGCCGAAAAAUCUGAUUAGAUUCCCAUCAUUCCUAUUUAUAUGAUAUUGUUUUUUCUCUCUCGUUUGACAUUCCGUAAAUGACAUUCUUUCUCCCUUUCUUACUCGUCACUUAUUUUUGGAUUUACAGAAAGAAACAUUUUCUCUGUAUUUUUUCACUGUUGUUUUCUGUUAAGGUAUACUCUUGGGCUUCCUGCAUUCAGAUUCAUAUGUUUUCGAAUGGUUCUCUCAUUUGUUAUGCAUAAUAUACUAUUCGGAAUAAAA